AUGGAUGGAACAUCAAUACCGUCACGAAUAGUUCUGAUGGGUACAUCAAAAAUGUCUCUGAACGAAAGGUUCUCACAAGUUUCAUUUCCUAAAGUUCGCCAGUCCGUUGCGUCUGUAAAAAACUACAAUAAUGGUAAUCUGGAAUCAGGUUACCGUGAACUAAUCGUAAAUCAAAGCCCAGUAUAUGUAGGUGGUUUGGAGUUGCAAGACGAAUAUGAUGUAGUUGAAGAUGAUAUAGGAGCAACAACUAAUUAUGUGGAACAAGUACGCAUAAUACCAAGACGCAAGUUAGCAGUUUAUCAGAAUCCCCAUUUAGACCGGAUUCCAAUUCAAAAUCGUAUAAGCUAUCCUUUAUGGCGUAGUAAAUUCGGUACUGGUUUUGUGCGCAAGACUGACAUUGAUAGGCCACGUCCUUUUGGUUCAUUGCGAUAUGCAAGCAAAAACACGCGUUUUAUACGAAAUAACAUGAACCAAACACUUUGGCGCCAAAAUACCUCUGUGUCUCGUAAUUUUCGCGGACCCGGUGGUCGUUUUGCUAGUAAUGGUUUUUACCGUACUAAGCGGUCAGUUACCAGAGAGGAGCUAGACAAGGAACUUGAGGAAUAUAUGAAGAAAGGGAAGCAUCCACAAAUUGAUGUUUCUGAUCUCAAAUAA